AUGCCAUUUGCGCGGAGCGCACGCGACCCUGCGGCGAUGUACGGUAUGGAGCGUGGCGAGCUGGUCCGCCUCGAGGAGCGGGGAGCCGGUGAAGACGCAAAGCCGCCGGCCGCGACCUCGCUGUCGAACGACGGCACGAGCUGGUUUGGCGAGCUGGCGCUGCCUUCCAUGUCGCAGCGUGCUGUAUGUGCCGAAGUGGACGGAGAGUGUCUCGAGGUCCAGAGCUCGAUUCCCCGGUCGCCUGCCUCGGCGCGCAUCGCGACGCUGAUUGCCGAGGGUGGCGCUGCGCCGAAUGUCGUCCAAGUACUGAUGGACCUCAUCCCGCCGAAAGAGAAGUGCGACAAGCUCGUCGCGAACUUCUUCCGAGAGCUCAACGAUAUUGUGGUGCCGGUGCAUGAGCAGACCUUCCGGCUGGUAUACGACGAGCUGAUGAACUUCCGGUUUGGCGAUCCCAGCACGCAGAACCAAGGGGAUGGAGCACGUCAUAUUCCGUUCCUUGCGUCGCUCUUCAUGUUCCUCGCCCACGCGAGUCUCAUGCUUCCCACGUCCGAGUGCACCGACAAAGAGGCUGUGGACCAGGCGCUGCACUUUUUCCACGCAGGACGCCAGUGCAUCGAGGUGGGCUCGUUUAUCCGUGGCGAUCACAUUGAUUUGGUGGCUGCGAACCUGCUGGCGAGCAAGUUUUGUAUCAUGUUCCGCCGCACGUCCAAGGUGUGGAUGUACAUUGGCGCUGCAGUGCGUGGCGCACAGAGCAUGGGCCUGCACCGCGACGGAGGCAAGCUCGGUCUGGAUGCCGUCACGACCGAGCGCCGGCGGCGGCUCUGGUCCGUGCUCUACCACUGGGACAAGGUGAUUUCGAUUCUGGUCAGCCGCCCGUCUGCCAUCUUUGAUGCGCACUGCGACACGCUUCCCCCGUCGGAUGUACCACUCGAGCAGCUGGAUGCGACCAAGCCGGCGCAGCCGCCGACCGGCCUCGAGCAGGGUCCGCUCCCGACUUCGUUCCUGUUUAUCGCCGUCCGCCACGAGCUGGGGCGCCUGAUGGGCAAGAUUAGCGAAAUGUACCAAGACCUGCGCCACCCCGUGCGCCACGACGACGUGAUGCGUAUGGACGCACAGCUGAGUGAUCUCAUUACAAAGCUCCCUCCGAUCUAUCGCCUUGCGACGCAGCCCGGCGCGGAUCACAGCAAGGACGAGAAGUCGCCGGUGGUGCACUUCCACCGCUACCUAAUUAACGUCGAGCUGAACUUUGCACGCAUUACGUUGCACCGGCCCUAUGUGCUGCGCACCAACUCCAAAUACUCGCGCUCGCGCGAGAUUGCGUUUGACACCGCACGGAACGACCGCUACGUCCGCGAUGAAUUCGACAAGGUCGUGCCGCCGGACACACGUGCGCGGUGCUACCAGCUGGGCGGGCUCUAUCGCCUGUUUAACACGGUGCUCAUGUACGGCAUCAUGCUUCUCCUGGAGCGCGAUCCCAAAGAGCGCGAGGCAAACAAGGCGUUCCUGGAGCAAUUUAUCGAGCAGAACAAGAUGCGCACGGACCUGUGCAGUCGCCGCGAGAUCAAGAUUGUGCAAAUGUUCCUUUCCAGGGCGGAAGAGCACAAUCGUGAUGCGGCCAAGCGCCGGGCCCAGCGAGCCAGUGCCAGGGCCCAGGCACAGGCGUCGCAGGACAACUCGGUGGCCAACUCGACGCCGGAGCGCUCCCAGAGCUGGGACGAUCUCGAAUCUGCCCAAACCUUUCUCACUAACCUGGGCAGUUUCAACGGCGCAUCGCUGGAGACUGGCGCUGCUCAGCCUCCAAUGCAGACAAACGACGCGUACUUCCCGCCGACGACGGGCGCCGAGAUGAACCUAAACCUCUUACAGCCGGGCAGCGACCUGAUGUCUGACCUGGACCCGAGCAGUGCUGCUGCGACGUUCGACCAGCGCUUGGCAAUGUACGAUACAGACUUCCUUAUGCAACCCAACGUGUGGCAGGGCGGGUUCUCCUAUCCGUCCGGGACGACGCCGGGGUACAUGCCGACGGACCCCGCAUCCCUCUUUCCGAUGAUGCAGAGCAGCUCGAGCUUCGACUCGGCGUAUGUGCCAAUGCCACCACAAGGGUUCUCAUCGAAUGGCAUGACCCAGCCGAACAUGAUGCCGUGGGAGGGAAUGAUGGGUACACCAAAGACAGAUACGCCGUAG